GUUCGCUGGCUUUGGAACGGCGACCACUGGAACCUCCCCGGGCGCUGCAGCUGGAGCGGUAGUCCUGCGGCGCAGCCAGAGUCGGCCUGGUCGGGGAGAGGGUGCAGGGAGAGCGUGGCGGGCGCAGCCUUGAGCCCCGGAGCGCGCCUCUGCCCUUAGCAGGACUCGCUCCUGUGGCUGAGGCGCGUCCAGGCGCUGCGGUGACAGCGGCCGCGCGCGCGGGAGUCUGCGGGGUCGCAGCAGCCGCACCUGCGCGUGCGGCCGGCGCGGGGUCCCCGCCCGGCCGGGCGGGCGACGAGGGCCGGGAGCGGGUGCGGGCGCAGGCGGGUCCCCGCUGGGCCACCUCCUCGCCCCGCGGCCGCCGCUGGAAGAUGUCUCAGGAGAGGCCCACGUUCUACCGGCAGGAGCUGAACAAGACAAUUUGGGAGGUGCCCGAGCGUUACCAGAACCUGUCCCCGGUGGGCUCCGGCGCUUAUGGCUCCGUGUGUGCUGCUUUUGACACAAAAACUGGGUUACGUGUGGCAGUGAAGAAGCUAUCCAGACCAUUUCAGUCCAUUAUUCAUGCCAAAAGAACCUACAGAGAACUGCGGUUACUUAAACACAUGAAACACGAAAAUGUGAUUGGUCUGUUGGAUGUUUUUACACCUGCAAGAUCUCUGGAGGAAUUCAAUGAUGUGUAUCUGGUGACCCAUCUCAUGGGGGCAGAUCUGAACAACAUUGUGAAAUGUCAGAAGCUUACGGAUGACCACGUUCAGUUUCUUAUCUACCAAAUUCUCCGAGGUCUCAAGUAUAUACAUUCAGCCGACAUAAUUCACAGGGACCUAAAACCUAGUAAUCUAGCUGUUAAUGAAGACUGUGAGCUGAAGAUCUUGGAUUUUGGACUGGCUCGACAUACAGAUGAUGAAAUGACAGGCUAUGUGGCUACUAGGUGGUACAGGGCUCCUGAGAUCAUGCUGAACUGGAUGCAUUACAACCAGACAGUUGAUAUUUGGUCAGUGGGAUGCAUAAUGGCCGAGCUGUUGACUGGAAGAACAUUGUUUCCUGGUACAGACCAUAUUAACCAGCUUCAGCAGAUUAUGCGUCUGACGGGGACCCCCCCUGCUUAUCUCAUUAACAGGAUGCCAAGCCAUGAGGCAAGAAACUACAUUCAGUCUUUGACCCAGAUGCCGAAGAUGAACUUUGCAAAUGUAUUUAUUGGUGCCAAUCCUUUGGCUGUCGACUUACUGGAGAAGAUGCUUGUAUUGGACUCAGAUAAGAGAAUUACAGCAGCCCAAGCCCUUGCACACGCCUACUUUGCUCAGUACCAUGAUCCUGAUGAUGAACCAGUGGCUGAUCCUUACGAUCAGUCCUUUGAAAGCAGGGACCUCCUUAUAGAUGAAUGGAAAAGCCUGACCUAUGAUGAAGUCAUCAGCUUUGUGCCGCCGCCCCUUGACCAAGAAGAGAUGGAAUCCUGAGCACCUGAUUUCUGUUGUUGAUCCCGCUUCACUGUGAGGGGAAGGCCUUUUCAUGGGAACUCUCCAAAUAUCGUUCAAGUGCCUCUUGUUGCAAAGAUUCCUCCAUGGUGGAAGGGGGGUGUGUGUGUGUGUGUGUGUGUGUGUGUGUGUGUGUAAAUUGUGUGCAUGCGCACAUGUUAGUAUGUGUGCAUGUGUAUGUGUGUCUUUGUGGGAGGGUAACAGAAUACGAGCGAACUAUGAUCACAGUGACUUUUCUGUGGAGUUACAGAUGCUGCGUGGCAGCCUCUGCUUCCUCUGCUUUGUGAGAGUCAGCUCAGGCAGGCCAGAGCUGCCAUCUUGUUAGGGUUUGUUAAAUGCAAAGUAAAAAAUAUUAAACGUGCCAGAUCCCAGUCUUGCUUUUGCCAUUUUGGCCUCUCCUGUGGCCCCACAUUGGUGGUGGGAGGUAGACUUGACCACAUCCCAUAGUGGCACGGAGAGAAGGCUCACACCUGGCUGCUUCAGAUCUGAAGCCGUCCCUCAGCGAUGCAUACAGCCAAAAAGGACCAACUGGCUUCUGUGCGCCAGUCUAUGAUAAACUUGCUUAAUAUGAUUCUCAGAACUCAACAGGUGUAUCUGAAACUGUAAAUAUGUUUGUGCCUUAAAAGGAGAGAAGAAAGUGUAGAUUGUCAAGCGAGUACAGCAGAUGAAGUUCUGAGCCCGGCAAGUAGUCAGGUUGUUGGACGGCCACUUGUGAACCUGAAGUAACCAGGGAGCCUUCAGAGGCACCGUGUGUGCAUGUGUGAGCACGCAUAUAUGUGCUGCUCUCUCCUUCUCCCUCCCCACCCAGGUGGUGUUGCCGUUUCUCUGCUUACCCCCACCUUCGGUGCAGAGGUUUCUUGAGUAUUGGCCCCGGUAGUCAGGAGCCGGUUCUUGCUGUCAGUGUACUUCCUGUGCUCUUUAUUCCUGGCAGAGUGACGAUGUGUUUUGCACGUCUUGCUAUUUGAGCAUGCACAGCUGCUUGUCCUGUUCUCUUUGGGAGGCCCUGGUGCCAGGCAGGUUUGCCAGUGAAGACUUCUUGGGUAGUUCAGAACCCAUGUGGCCUUGGCUCACGCUCUGGGCAGGUGACAUCCUCUCUUCAUCCCCCAGUGCUAUUUUGUGUUGAAUGCAAUUGAUACUCCAGGUGCUUUUGAUGUGAAAACUAUGAAGAAAUGGAACAGAUGGAUGUAUAGCAUUUUCAUUCUUGCCAUCUGGUUUUCAACAAACUAUUUUUGGGGAGCUGUCAUGGGAAAGAUCAGGGCUUUUCCCAGGAAUAUCUCAGACUUUGGAAAACAAAUUGUUCUCUUCACUCCUAAUAACCAAUGCUAAGAAAUGCUGAAAAUCAAAGUGAAAAAUAAAAGCUCAUGAGGCCAGAGACUCCUUUUGCUAUCUUGGUCUAAAUAUGGUUAUUAAAAAAAAAGAAACAAGGUGUCUUUUCCACCCUUCUUUGGAAAAGGGUCUUCUUGGCAGCUUAACAUUGACUCCUUGGUCUUGAUUUAGGGAGAAAUAAAUUUUGUUUCAGAAUUUUGUAUAAUGUAGGAAUCCUUUGAGAAUGUGAUUCCUUUCGAUGGGGAGAAAGGGCAAAUUAUUUUAAUAUUUUGUAUUUUCAACUUUAUAAAGAUGAAAUUUCCUCAGGGGUGGAGAAGAAGAGUUGUUUUCAUAAUUUUCUGAAUUUCAGGCAUCUUGUGCUACAUAAGGGCCCAUAUAUUUAAACCUUCUGUGAAAUAAGAAAGUGUAAAGCUACUUCCACUGUUGGCUAUGUGACAAAAUCUUGUAUUGGAGCCGAGGUGUUUCCAUUUCUCCAUCACAGUGCAGGGACACAUGCACUCCAGAGCGACAGGGUAGGACCCUGGGUCACUUAACUGGAGCAAGAAGGAAGAGGCAGACUGGUGGUGGUCACACCUCACCUGGGGUUCCCCUUCUCGAAAGGAAAAUGAACUUCAAGGCCGCGUCUCCUUUAUACGCAGUUCAAAUCCUCACAAUCCACAGCAAGAUGAAGUGUAUCGGCCAUGUUUGGUUGUAAAUGCUGGUGUGAUAUCCUACAGAAAUACUGCUCUGAAUAUUUUUUCAUAAAGGUCUUUGCACUUGUGAUCAUGUACGUGUUAGGAGGCUGAAUGCUGCGGAAGCCUGGACUCAGCUAGAGCCUGUGGAAGAGCUCCUUGGUUUCUGAGCAUCACGCUCCCAUCUCCUGAUUUCUCUGAACAGAAAACAGAAGAAAGAAUGAGGGGAACUGCUAUGUUAUUUGUACUCGUGAACUUGGCUGUAAUCAGUUAUGCCGUAUAGGAUGUCAUACAAUACCACUGGUUAAAAUAAAGCCUAUUUUUCAAAUUUAGUGGAUUUCUCAAAUUUAUUGUAUUUUUCUCUUGAUUGUUUUUAUUUAAUGCGCAAUGUGGCAUUAUAUCAAUGUUCUUUCAACUGUGGCCUGGCAUAUGUUUCUGAAAGAUCUUAAUAUUAUUAUUCCUAAAAUUUAGAAAACAUUUGUAGAGCUCCUUAGUUCUCCACUAAUUUAUGGUGAAGCAGAUCUGAGUCUCUGAUGUGGAUGGCUAAAGCAAAGAGCAAAUAAACAGGGUGUAACACGGCAGGCUCUGUAUGACUACACCUAGAUGUCAGAGCGGUGAGGACAGGGGUCAGCAAACUGGCCCGAGGGCCAAAGCCAGUCUACCACCUGUUUUUAUGUAGCCCGCUAAAAAUGGUUUUUACAUUUUUAAAUGGUUGAAAUCAAAGAAGAACAAUAUUUUUGUAGCACGUGAAAAAUAAUGUAAAAUUCAAAUUUCAGUGUCCAUAAAUAAAGUUUUAUCAAAACACAACCA